UCAGCGACUUAUAAUGGGACUGCGGCGGGCAUUCUAACACUAGGGGGGAACUGACUUGGUGUCACUGAUAUCCCCAGUGACACUAAUACAGUGAUCAGUGCUGAUAAAAAGCAGUGACACUGUACUAAUGGCACUGGGCAGGAAGGGGUUAACAUGUUGGGCGAUCAUAGGGUUAACUGUGCUGUUUUGCUAUGUGGGCUGUGUGUGCUUUACACUGUAAGCACACUGCUUUGUAUGGCUCUGCUAUGCAGAGCCAUACAAAGCAGUGUGCAAGAGCUGACAGGGGAGAGAUCUGUAUUAUUUACAUACAGUUCUCUCCCCCCGUUGGAUCGCGGUGAUUGCCGG